ACUCUACCUAUUUUACGUCGCUGGUGUAGUCUAUGGAUUUAGUUCACUAAUGGCGUGUCUUCCGGUACCACACAUUAUAACGUCAAAAUGGCAAAGAAAAAAGGAGAUGAGAAAGUGAACCAACCCCCUCAGAGUGAUAAUGAAGAACAAAAUUUUGAUGAGGAGCCUAAUUUUGACGAUCCGGAAGGCUUCGUUGAUGAUAUAACCGAUGAAGAACUGUUGGCCGACCUCUUAGAACAAAAACCGAAGGAGUCAGAUGGUUACGAGAAUGUGAUAAUCGUCGAUGGGUGCCCACAGGUCGGCCCCGAGCGCCUUGAAAAACUCCAGAGCGUCAUAAACAAGAUCUUUAGCAAGUUCGGAAAGAUCGUUAACGAAUAUUACCCCACUACCGAGACUGGACAGACGACAGGCUACAUUUUUCUAGAAUAUAGUAAUCCUCAGAACGCCGCUGAAGCAGUACAAGCUACGAAUAAUUGUAAAUUAGACAAACAGCACACUUUCUUAGUGAAUCUUUUUACUGACUUUAAAAAGUAUGCCGACAUUCCCAAGGAAUGGGAGCCUCCUGCGCCUCAGCCGUUCAAAGUCCAGUCCGACCUGCAAUGGUAUCUCAUGGAUCCAGAUGCAUAUGAUCAAUUCCUUGUUGGCAUCGGCACUGGAGUUGCAUUACAAGUCUGGCAGAAUACUUUACCAGAGCCUGUUAUAUUGCAAGAGAGACCGAAUUGGACGGAAACCUACGCAGUAUGGUCACCUCUUGGUACCUAUUUAGCAACCUUCCACUGGCGUGGUGUGGCUCUUUGGGCCGGCCCUAAGUUUAGUCAGUUCCAAAAGUUCUAUCAUCCAGAAGCGAGGUUUAUUUCGUUCUCACCGUGUGAGAACUAUAUUGUUACAUUUUCACCGAACAGUGAUAGGGGUGAUGAUAAAAAACUCAUUAUCUGGGACAUUAGAACAGGACAGGAGAAACGUUCAUUCCCUCCUCCUGAAGAAUAUGUAACUUGGCCAAUCUUCCGUUGGAGCAAGGAUGACCGUUUCUUUGCCCGUCUUGGCGCUGACAUGCUCUCUGUGUACGAGACGCCUAGCUUCGGUUUACUAGAUAAAAAAUCUAUCAAAAUACCCGGUAUUAGGGACUUCUGUUGGUCACCAUCUGACAAUGUACUAGCAUAUUGGGUCGCGGAGGACAAAGAUGUUCCCGCUCGUGUGACCCUUUUAGAACUGCCCAAUCGUACUGAAAUACGUUCUAAAAAUCUCUUCUCGGUCGCCGACUGUAAAAUACACUGGCAGAAGAGCGGAGAUUAUCUCUGUGUCAAAGUCGACCGUUACUCUAAAGUUAAGAAGGACAAAAAUGAUAUUAAAUAUUCAGGAAUGUAUUACAACUUUGAAAUAUUCCAUAUGAGAGAAAAGGAGAUUCCUGUUGAUUCGGUUGAAAUUAAGGAACCAAUACAGGCGUUUGCUUGGGAACCUGUUGGUUCCAAGUUUGCUAUUAUUCACGGUGAUGCUGCAAAUAGUUGUAUUAGUUUCUAUCAAGUGAACACCGGUCAAGCUCCUACUCUAUUGAAAAAGUUUGAGAGGACAUUUAAUCAUUUGUUCUGGUCUCCAAUGGGUCAGUUUAUAGUUUUGGCCAACCUCGGCCUCACUGGCGGGGCAUUGGCCUUUGUAGAUACUAAUGAUUUUACCAUCAUGAAUAUAUCAGAUCAUUAUCAGAUGUCUGGUAUAGAGUGGGAUCCAACUGGUCGAUACGUUGUGACUGGUGUGUCGUCACUCAAGUGCAAGAUGGAUUGUGGGUAUUAUUUGUGGUCCUUCCAAGGCAAAAUUAUUAGGAGAGUGAAUAAAGAAGGUUUCGCCCAGUUCUUAUGGCGGCCGCGUCCCCCAACGCUGUUGUCAGAGAAACAGCAGAAGGAUAUUAAGAAAAAUCUUAAGAAGUACUACUCGCAGUUCGAAUCUAAAGACCGCAUGCGUAGCAGCAAGGCUAGCAAGGAGCUGGUAGCGAAACGCACAGAGCAAAUGAAGAAAUAUAUAGAGUAUCGUGAGAUGAAGACUCGCGAGUGGGCCGAACAGAAGCCUAGACGUCUCGAGCUCAGAAACUACGUAGACACGGAUGGUCUCGACACAGACCCGACAAACACAGUGGAGGAAGUUAUUGAAUUCUUUAUCAAAGAGGAACAAACGGUCAUCGAGUAGUCGCCAUUGAUCCGUACGUUCAGAGGUCGGGGAGAACUCCGGCCUCUUCGUUUACCGGCUUAAACCGGUUUCGACUGGCUCACAAUCGGCGCCGACUGGUUUACGACCGGUUUUUUAAUCAUCAUAAAUAAUAAAUUUUAAUAAACAGACGCAUAACAUCUAAGAAGUUUUUUUGUAUCGACACCCCACAUAAAAUAUAAUAUAGUCACAAAUAAACGUUUUCAAGUAAUUAUUUCAUUAUGUUCAGUGUAAGAUUUCAGUUGUUAAAUUAUACAAUAGGUAAUGUUUAUAGAAAUCGUAUUAAAUUUAUAUGUUACAAAUGGA